GAUGUCAUGAUGGCAGGACGUGCGCUUGCGGCUAGACGAGCCAGUGCAGCACCACGACUUAACUAGGCAUUAUCACAUACAGUAGUGGACAGAUCCGCCGGUGAACUGUCGCUUCAAAUCUACAUGAGAUCGACCACCACACGCGAUCUACAGCACAGCAUACAGCAUACAGCAUAUAUAUACGGUAUCAUCAUUGUCCAUGUCGCCAAUCACCGACGAGGCCGCGGUGGAGAUAUCACCCUUUGUCUGCCACAGAGAGAGAGAGAGAGAGAGAGGACACCGGAUCGGCUGCAGCUCCCUCAGAUGCACACGGCCCUCGCCGGUGGAAAUGUCAUCGUCACCAAGUCGGUUGGGACGAAGGAUUCCUCACCAGCUGGAGAUCAUGGACCGUCGAAAUGUAUGGGUGCAGGUGGAGUGGAGUCAUUGAAUCAUCAUCACGUAGGGCUUAUUGCUGUACUCCCGCCCAGCGCCCGCCCUCGCUGGCAUAUACACACCCACACACCUAUGGGUACUCUACGCGGGACAUGGCCGCAGCUCACGCGACGUGCCCUCGCCCUUUCUUUUCCCGCAAACCACACGCAUGGCUGCAGCUACAUCGAGAGGGAUUGGCGACACCCACUCGAGCUCGACAUUGGCUCUCGUCCAAGAUGGACCCGCGAUGAGUGGGACCAGAAAGAACGAAGACAUGAUUUCAUGCGGCAAUGCGUCAAAGCAUUGACCUCGUGGCCGAAGCGGCCAUCGAAAAGCUUGAUCAUGAGAGGAAAAGAGCCUGCGCCUCCAGGGCUGCAAAGUGAAGGACCGCCCGAAAGCAACGCAUCACACGCUUUACGCUCUCCGGCUUAGACCCAUCGAAGAUCUCACAGCCAUCCGCCAUCCCGAGCGGGGUUUCUCCUCAGCCUCUGCCCGUCACUUCGUCACAUCGUCCCUGUAGCAAUGGCUGCGACUUGAAUUCGGUGGAUUGCUUCAUCUGCAGCCGCUUCGAUCCCAUCUGACUCUGCUUCGCUCGUGGCAGACCACAAUGCUGAAAUCAGGGGCACCAUUGCAAUUCCGUCGCUGGGUGAGGUGCCCAAAGCAUUGUGGCCAGCGCCAUGCGAGACGAGGACGGUA